AUGAGUGAACAAAAGAAGGCUCUUUUUAUCUGUCUCGGCAACAUCUGUCGAUCGCCGAUCGCGGAAGCAGUGUUCCUCAAAACGAUAAACAAUGCUGGCGUUGCAGAUAGAUGGGAAGUCGAUAGUGCCGCUAUUGGAUCAUGGCACGUUGGCCGAAAUCCUGAUCAUCGGGCUCUAGCAACAAUGAAGAAGCACGAUUUGCCGUACAAUAACACAGCAAGACAAAUUAAGAAAGCGGAUUUCGACCAUUACGACUACAUUUUCGGCAUGGACGGAGAGAACAUUGCUGACUUGAAGGAGCGUGCACCUAACGGAGGCGGUAAGGCGAAAAUAUUGUUGCUUGGUGAUUUCGAUCCGCAACAGCCCGGUGCAAUCAUACGCGAUCCUUACUAUGAUAAGGGCUCGGAGGGAUUUGAGCAGUGCUACGUGCAGUGUGUACGCUGUUGCGAUGGCUUUCUGGCCAAAGCUCAAAAAGGGGAAAUCUGA